ACGUUUUCGCCUGCUUGGGUGUCUGCUAGACUGCGUGAGCUCCUGUCGUCGCCGGUUUCUUUCCGCUGGGUCUGAGGUUGCUCUGAGGAACUUUCGCCAAGAUGUACGACGCCGACGAAGAUAUGCAAUAUGAUGAAGAUGAUGAUGAAAUCACUCCAGACUUAUGGCAGGAGGCAUGUUGGAUUGUUAUUAGCUCCUAUUUUGAUGAAAAGGGCCUGGUUCGACAGCAGCUGGACUCUUUUGAUGAGUUCAUUCAGAUGUCUGUGCAGAGAAUCGUUGAAGAUGCUCCACCAAUUGACCUGCAAGCAGAAGCUCAGCAUGCUACUGGAGAAGUGGAAGAACCGCCGCGUUAUCUACUGAAAUUCGAACAAAUUUAUCUCUCCAAGCCUACGCACUGGGAAAGAGAUGGUGCCCCUUCACCCAUGACGCCAAAUGAAGCCAGGCUGAGAAAUCUUACGUACUCCGCUCCGUUGUAUGUGGACAUAACAAAGACAGUCAUUAAGGAAGGUGAGGACCAGUUGCAGACGCAGCACCAGAAGACCUUCAUAGGGAAAAUUCCUAUCAUGCUGCGGUCCACCUACUGCCUGCUCAAUGGCUUCACGGAUCGUGAUCUUUGCGAGCUGAACGAGUGCCCUCUGGACCCUGGUGGCUACUUCAUCAUUAACGGAUCGGAAAAGGUUCUAAUUGCUCAGGAGAAGAUGGCUACGAACACAGUAUAUGUGUUUGCCAAGAAAGAUUCCAAAUACGCUUACACAGGAGAGUGUAGGUCUUGCUUGGAGAAUUCUUCUCGGCCAACAAGUACCAUAUGGGUGAGCAUGUUGGCCAGAGGUGGGCAGGGUGCAAAGAAGAGUGCCAUAGGUCAGCGCAUUGUGGCAACUUUGCCAUAUAUCAAGCAGGAAGUGCCCAUCAUUAUCGUCUUCCGUGCACUGGGCUUUGUGUCUGACAGAGACAUCCUGGAGCAUAUCAUUUAUGACUUUGAAGAUCCUGAGAUGAUGGAAAUGGUUAAGCCUUCCUUGGAUGAAGCGUUCGUCAUUCAGGAGCAGAACGUUGCGCUGAACUUCAUUGGCUCGAGAGGCGCAAAGCCUGGCGUCACGAAAGAGAAAAGAAUCAAGUACGCCAAAGAAGUUCUGCAGAAAGAGAUGCUUCCACAUGUCGGCGUCAGCGACUUCUGUGAAACCAAAAAGGCUUAUUUUCUAGGGUACAUGGUCCACAGGUUACUCCUGGCUGCCUUGGGGAGAAGGGAACUGGAUGACAGAGAUCACUACGGCAACAAGCGUCUGGACCUGGCAGGGCCACUACUUGCCUUCCUCUUCAGAGGGAUGUUUAAGAACCUGCUGAAGGAAGUGAGAAUAUACGCACAGAAAUUCAUUGACCAGGGGAAAGAUUUUAACUUGGAGCUGGCAAUCAAAACCCGGAUAAUCUCGGACGGUUUGAAGUACUCAUUGGCUACAGGGAACUGGGGGGACCAGAAGAAGGCUCACCAGGCCAGAGCUGGGGUGUCUCAGGUAUUGAACCGUCUGACUUUUGCAUCUACGCUUUCUCAUUUACGUCGCCUGAAUUCCCCCAUUGGUCGAGAUGGGAAACUAGCCAAGCCCAGACAACUGCACAACACUUUAUGGGGAAUGGUCUGUCCUGCUGAGACUCCAGAGGGUCAUGCCGUAGGGCUUGUGAAGAACCUUGCUCUGAUGGCCUACAUCUCCGUGGGGUCUCAGCCCUCCCCCAUUCUGGAAUUUUUGGAAGAGUGGAGUAUGGAAAACCUGGAAGAAAUCUCUCCAGCUGCCAUUGCAGAUGCCACGAAAAUCUUUGUGAAUGGCUGCUGGGUUGGGAUACACAAAGACCCGGAGCAGCUCAUGAACACACUGAGGAAACUGCGGCGUCAGAUGGACAUCAUUGUGUCAGAGGUGUCCAUGAUCAGGGAUAUCAGGGAGCGAGAAAUCCGCAUCUAUACCGACGCUGGCAGGAUUUGCCGCCCGCUUCUGAUUGUGGAAAAACAGAAACUGCUGUUGAAGAAGAGGCACAUCGACCAACUCAAAGAGCGGGAAUAUAACAACUACAGCUGGCAGGACCUGGUGGCCAGCGGCGUAGUUGAGUACAUCGACACCCUCGAAGAAGAGACCGUGAUGCUGGCCAUGACGCCAGAUGACUUGCAGGAGAAGGGUGUCGCGUACUGUUCGACCUACACGCACUGUGAAAUUCAUCCCUCCAUGAUCCUCGGCGUCUGCGCAUCGAUCAUCCCGUUUCCUGAUCACAAUCAGUCUCCCAGGAAUACGUACCAGUCUGCUAUGGGCAAACAGGCUAUGGGAGUUUACAUUACCAACUUCCACGUCCGUAUGGAUACCCUCGCCCACGUCCUGUAUUAUCCUCAGAAACCCCUGGUGACCACGCGCUCGAUGGAGUACCUCAGGUUCAGGGAGUUGCCUGCAGGAAUGAACAGAGGCUUUUUCAGAUCUGUGUUCUAUCGUUCCUACAAAGAACAAGAGUCGAAGAAAGGUUUUGAUCAGGAAGAAGUGUUUGAGAAGCCAACGCGGGAGACUUGUCAGGGGAUGCGGCACGCCAUCUACGACAAGCUGGAAGACGACGGCUUGAUUGCGCCCGGCGUACGCGUGUCAGGGGACGACGUCAUCAUCGGCAAGACGGUGACUCUGCCCGAGAACGAAGAUGAGCUGGAGGGUACCAAUCGCCGUUACACCAAGAGAGACUGCAGCACUUUCCUGCGGACUAGCGAGACCGGGAUUGUUGAUCAGGUCAUGGUUACCUUGAACCAGGAAGGAUACAAAUUUGAGAGGUUAAAUAUAGAGGAAAGCAGACCGAACAGUUUCAAGAAAUUGCUGUAAUCGAGAUUACUUUGAAGAUGGGGAAAUGGACCUCACUCUUCCUUUUCUCGUCUCCAGGACAUGCCAUUCACCUGUGAAGGCAUCACCCCCGAUAUCAUCAUCAACCCCCACGCCAUCCCUUCACGUAUGACCAUUGGUCACUUGAUCGAGUGCCUGCAAGGGAAGGUAUCUGCAAACAAGGGAGAAAUUGGUGACGCCACACCUUUCAACGACGCUGUCAACGUGCAGAAGAUUUCCAAUUUGCUCUCUGACUAUGGUUAUCAUCUGAGAGGCAAUGAGGUUUUGUACAAUGGCUUCACCGGUCGCAAAAUCACAUCGCAGAUCUUUAUUGGCCCGACUUACUACCAGCGGCUGAAGCACAUGGUGGAUGAUAAAAUCCAUUCUCGAGCAAGAGGGCCGAUUCAGAUCCUUAACAGGCAGCCUAUGGAAGGCCGAUCUCGUGAUGGAGGCCUUCGUUUUGGAGAGAUGGAACGUGACUGUCAGAUCGCUCACGGAGCAGCGCAGUUCUUAAGGGAGAGAUUAUUUGAAGCCUCAGACCCCUAUCAGGUUCAUGUGUGCAACUUAUGCGGGCUGAUGGCCAUAGCGAACACGAGGACACACACCUACGAGUGCAGGGGCUGCCGGAAUAAGACUCAGAUUUCUCUGGUGAGAAUGCCGUAUGCUUGCAAGCUCCUCUUCCAGGAAUUGAUGUCGAUGAGCAUCGCACCUCGGAUGAUGAGUGUGUAG